CCCGUGUUGAUGAGGCUGGAUAUUUCUGUCCAAAAAUUGCCUUUCGAAUGGUUCUCCCGUAUCAGAAUCGGUUCCGGAGCGUUGUUCAUCCCGUUUGCCGUGCGGAAACACUCGAGAACCACCGGGAAACAUAUGUUUGAGAUGUGAAAAUUGUGCGAGCAAAUUUUUCCGGGACCGAGCUGAUAUGAAGAGAAAAAUGGCGUCGUCUGCUUGUGCAUCGCCGUCGACGGGAAAAAAUUAUAGUGUUGGAAAUAUGGAUCUGGUGAAGGCUAGUUGCUAUCCAGUGUGCAGUGCAGUUUGCAUAAAAUGAGAAGUACUGAAAGUGUCGGGUGAAUGCAAGUGUUUGAAACUGAAACUGAAUUUUGUGACAAUUAGUACUAUACACUGUUCGGUGAUCGUCGGCAAGUGACAAACAAAAAUAAACCGUAAAACUUGUUCGAUUGUGCAAACAAGAGGCUAUCGAACUUUUGUUUUUGUUGACAAUCGCGAGGGGGAAAUAAAAACAAUUUGGAGACCGGUUGUUGCGAACUUCGUCUCCUAGCGGUAGCGGGAUGUCCAGUUCGGUGUUCAAGAUUUAUCCAUCGUCGUCCGACUCGAACAGGGAGGAAGAAGCUUCGCUUCAAGCUGACGGAGAGCCUUCGACGGCCACGCCGGGAACCGUGGUGGGAUCGUCCGUGGACGAUCGUCUAAAGAUCGAUUCCAAUCUGGUGAUCGUAGUCGGAAAGGAUGGAAGUGUGCAUGUCGAUCAGAAAACACUGCACAGUUUACUAGCCAACGAAACUACGGAUACCUCUGUGAGUGUGGUUCGUAUAACCUCCCCGACGCCCAGUAUCGAGGAGGAAAUCGAGGAAGAGCGUCGGUUGUUGCAGGAACAAAAACUGGAACAGGAACUGGAAUCCUUGACAGGGGAAGACUCGGAUAAUUCGCCGGAGUCUUCCAACACGGCACCCUCAUCCGCUGCUGGCAGUGGAAGCGGCAAGAGCGAUUCUGCGGCCGGCGCCAGCACAUCUAAUGCUGUGAGCUCGGGAGGGGUAGCCACUAGACGAUCAAAAGUAGCUGCCAAAAAAGACGAUGUCCUCUUGGACGGCGGUGAGACCCCUCACGUUAGUCUGAUGGUAGAAGGUUUCUAUCCACCGGCAGAAGCGAAAAAAUUUGCUUCGGAAAUUUUAACGCUAGCGGGACUACAGAAACCGCUGACCGUCGAUACGGCAAUCGAUUACGAAUUCCAACGGUACGUGAUUGCGAAUGAUCACUGUUACACACCAUUGACUUCACCGAGCCAGAAAUUGCCACCGCGGCCAUAUUACGAACAAGUAGAUUCUCCACCGACGGAAGUUAAAUCCAGUGAACCCGUUCGAGAGGUCUCAACCGUUCAAACUGUCGACGAAGGACACAGUGGAACGGGCAGAAAACGAACAAUCAGUAAAGUUAUACUUCCUACGCCUACUGCAACUACCGGAACCCGGCGGAGAAAAUCCACUUUUCAAAAGGAAGAGCGCAGCGAUGCUGCAGAGCUGCAAAGUAUUUUGGAAGAUUCGGACUCUGAUUAUUCCGAAGAAAUCUCUUUCCCAGAGGACGAUGACAGCGAUAGCGAUUUCGACUUCAGUAUUACUGGGAAACAAUCGAAGAAGAGAAAGUCUGGAUCAAAGAACAAAUCAUCUACUGCGAAGAUAACAGCUAAGAAAGAGGAAUCCUUAGAGGCCAAGGAGGCUAGAAAGAAAACGCCGAAACCACCCAAGAAACCAGAAGUGAAAGUGAUUAUACCUACUAUCGCCACAAAUAAGAUCAUAAUACCGAAAACUUACGGCCCGAAACGAGAUAUAAUUAAACAAAUUGAAGCAUCAGCUGCUCCUGCUGCUCCUACACCUUCUAUUGCUCCGGUUGCAGUCACCUCGGCGGCUCCCAGUACUCCUAUCGCAAUUACUGCUCCAGUACCAGUCAUCAAAAAGGAAAAGAAACCGCUAAAACCAGCUCCGCAUGUUGAAGCUCUUUUCAGUGAUAUGACGUCAUUGUUCUCAACGCCGGACAUUAUCAAGAAGGUUGGCACGAAUCGUCCUAAUCAGCCUACUACCCCUCUGGCUUCGGGACCAUCAUCAUCAUCGUCAAUGCCAACAAGUGGCCCCAGCAGCUCAUCAACCGUUCACGUUGUUCAGCGUGGCUUUGUACAACUGUCACCGGUAAUCGUGAAAGGCACGCCAAAGUUGCCGGCUCAAAUAUCGAUUCAAACACAUACCAGCGCUUCCGAAGACAAACAACUUGACCUGAUCGAUUCUCUCGUGCAGCGAGAGAUGUCACAGGCUGACAAGCAGUCACAGCAUUCGCAGCAACUCAACGAAGAUAUUGUGAAAAUUUUGGAAAACAAUUUACCGCCUGGUGGAGUGCCCGAGUCCGGUCUUCCCAUAACAGAUAACAGCAUUUUGGCCGCGCUCGGUUCCAAUGACGAUGGUCUGCCAGAGGAUCUUUUGCAACACGUUGCUGAGCUAGCCGAAAACAAAGAACUCCAAGAAAUACUUGACAAACAAGUACUCGGUGUCAUUGGAACAGACCCAAUUGCAAGCCCAUCAGUUCCGCUUGCUUUGCCAUCCACCUCCUCUACCAACGUAGUGCCGCUUUCCACCACUACCCAACAGGUGCAAAUAAUAAAUACAGCAAUGAAUCCGUCGCAGAACAAACGCCCCAAUCCUGAAUCUCUUCCAACGAUGACUGUCAAGGAACAGUUAAUGCCUCGAAAAGAAGCCAUUCAGAUUCGCCGCAGUGAUGGACGGGUUAUUACCUUACCUCCGAUUGAAGCACCCGCGACCCGGUCAGCAAAACGACGUGCACAAACUGGUCCAAGCUCCAGUUCGUCACCAUCUGUACCAGCAACAGCAGCAGCAACCGUUACAACUGCUCCAACAACAGCCGUACAUCUUGCUAACCCUUCACCUUCCGCUGUUCAUCAUGUGUCAAAAGUGCCCAAGCAUACGGUAAAAUCGACAGCAUCAACUCCCGUUCUCUACGACGACGGAACUGGCAGCUUGUUGAUUGAUGAAAACAGAGGAAAGGGUAAUCGAAGUGGAGCUUCCAGUCGACGAACUUCGGAGUCUUCGUCAACAUCAGCGGGAACGCGUGGCAAGCGAGCUAGCACAUCAGCUGUUGCUGCUGCCGUCGCAGCCGUUGCCAACAACGACGACGAUAUCGAAUCCGAUGAGAGCUGGAACUCGGAGGAUGAUCCGGAUAGACUAUGGUGCAUCUGCAAGCAGCCGCACAACAAUCGCUUCAUGAUCUGCUGCGACGUUUGUGAGGACUGGUUCCACGGAAAGUGCGUCAACAUUACGAAAGCUAUGGGUCAACAGAUGGAAGAGGAUGGCAUCGAGUGGACCUGUCCAAACUGCUUGAAGACAAAGCAUGAAAAACAGCAACCGAAAAUGACGGAAUUUUUGGUGUCAUCAAGUAGUAGCGCCCCCAGUGUCGAGCGAACAGCUCAGGUAACUCAGGCGGUACCACAGAAAGUGGUAACCGUCACGGGUUGUGUUGUUUGCGGUAAACCUGCUCGUGCUAGUUCAGUUUAUUGCAGCGAUGACUGCAUCCGAAAGCAUGCCGGCUUAGCUCAUGGCUCUACGCAAAGUACUUCUGCGGUGUCAACAAAGACCGUAGCAACACCAUCGACUUUGGCUUCGACUUCGUCGAACGUUACAGUUAAAGAAAAACCUAAGGAGCAAACCGUUGCGGCCACCAAUCGACCCUCACAACCUCCUGUCGUUAUUAGAACAAACGUGAAAGUUGGCCCAAUAAUCGUUAUGGAGCGCACAACCGGUCGUUGCCUGACAGGCAAAAAUGCCCCAACAGCCGAAAAUCUGCAGUCUUGGCUCAAAAGCAAUCCGACGUUCGAACUCGUGCCGCCCGGUAGCCCGCAGGCCAUCAUAAUCCUUGCCAAGCAGCAAAUGGCUAUGGAAGCGCAAAAGAAAGCCGCCGCCGCUGGAACCAAAGUUCAAGCACAGCUAAAACUAAGCGAUCAGAAAAAGUUUACCUUGGUGAGCUCCGGUGGGCAACAGCAGAAACAACAACCAGGUCAACCCAGGGUGGUCGUCAAAAGCACACAGAAAACAUCCACAACAACUACGCCGGUUUCGAAAAGUAGUCCAGUUUUGACGCAUAUUCCCAAAGCAUCAACGGUUAGUACGAGGGUAGCUUCCAGCAGCCCAACAUUAACUGGCAGUUCAGUUAAACAACCGAAGAAGCUUACCCCAGAACCGAAGCCGGUUCCAAAACCAGCAGCCGGACCUCCAGCAGGAGAAAAUAUUCGAGUUACUGUGAAGAAAACUCUUAAGGAACACCUUAUACAGCGUACUAAUGAGCAAUGUACUAGCAAGGAUACUCCGCGAUUGAACGAACACGAAAUCGACCGAUUCGCGGAAGCGAUCGAGGAGGAAAUGUUUGCCCUCUUCAACAAGGAUACCGGCGCCAAGUAUCGAGCCAAAUAUCGCUCGCUCGUGUUCAACAUCAAGGAUCGCAAGAAUCUAUCGCUGUUUCAAAAGAUUUGCGAAAAGCGGAUAGAGGCGAAACAGUUGGUUCGCAUGACACCGGAGGAGCUCGCGAGUCAAGAGUUGGCGCAAUGGCGCGAAAAUGAAAACAAACACCAGCUUGAAAUGAUCAAAAAGUCGGAACUGGACCUACUAGCAUGUGCGAAAAACUAUGUCCUCAAAACACACAAAGGUGAAGAGGUUAUUGAGGGCAAAAGUGACGAUCGUGUCCGGCUAGAUCCGAUGACUUCGGUAGAGGAUGUAGUGGCUGUGCUGAACAAUUCAACCGUUUCGAGCACCAGCGAGGUCGACAGUACACUUUCCCCUUCGAAAGAUGCUAGCGUUCGUUCGAAAGAUUACGACUUUGCGAACUAUGGCGGUAAGUACUCGGCCGGUUCAUAUGGAAGUGGUUCUGCAACGGUUACCGGUUCAACUGGACAGGCCACUUCCGGAAGUGGAAUAUCCGCUUCUUCAGCUUCGGCGUCAUUAUCGUCGUCAAGAAAGAAAGAAAGUAGAAGAAGUCGUAGUAGAAGUAGCAGCCGAGACAGACGAAGAGAUAGAUCGAGGAGCAGAUCGAAACAUAAGCGCCGUCGAAGCCGAAGCCAUGACCGGCAUGGCAGCAGAGAACGUGAUCGGGAUCGCGAUCGAGAUCGGGAACGUGAUCGAGAUCGUGGUCGCGAAAGAGAAAGAUCUCGGCAUCGUGAUCACAAAUCCGACUAUAAAUCGGAACAUAGAUCAGACCACAAAAAGUACGAACCAAAGGAAGUCCGCGAUAAGGACAGGGACAAAGAGAAGGUAACCGGUGAUGGGUCCAAGGAUGUGGAAGUGGUUGCUCCGGAAAAGGAUAAAAAUGAAGCUCUAGGUAAGGCUGUUGAAGUGAAAAAGCCGUCCAAGAAAGCGGACAAUAGGUCACUGCAGUUGGAGAGCUACAAUUUGGUGGAUCAAAUUUUGGCAUCUACUGACGGCAGUGAUGGAAGAAAACUGAAGGAAGAUGAUUCCUCAGGAAAAAGUGGAAAAGGCGAAUCCAGAGAGCGUAGAAAUUCUCCAGUUGCAGACGAGCAAGAUCAACAACCUACCAGUACGGUAACGAUUCCCACCCCUCCUCAUUCCACCAGUUUCGAUAGCGACUCACCAAAAGCGGAUUUCAUCUCUAACAUCCCUAGCGACGUUACAGAGGACGCUCGCAAGAAAGCUUUGUUUGUACAUUGGACGGGAAAUGUGCACAUGAUUGAUCUCGCAACGGUUGAAAUGUCCAUGCGAUCCGUUAGUGGAGAUAUCGAGGACGUCGCGAAAGAUUUCUCUGAGGAUCUCACUAUUUGUGGAACCAUUAAGCCGGAAAUAGUAUGGGAGUAUAUUGGUCAGAUCCGAAAGAGCCCGAGCAAAGAAGUGUGUCUAGUUCGGCUCCAUUCGAGCGAAAAGACAGCAUAUUAUACCCUUUAUUCUCAUUUACUCUCCCGGAAGAGAUACAGUGUCAUCAAGUCACCUUCAAAGUCCAUUAAGGAUUUCUACAUUUUCCCUCUACCAGCUGAGCAGAUGGUACCGAUGAUAUUGAAACCGCUGCGUGGUGUUGGUAUAAUUGAAGGAGACAAGAAACCUGAUCUACUGCUGGGAAUCAUUGUUAAGAUUCAAAGUCAACGAGUUGGUUCAACAUCUACGGUGAAGGGAACUUCUUCGGCUAAGGCAUCACGCCGAGCAACGAAAGCAAGUUCCGGUGGCAGUAGUUCUACUUCAGUGUCGCCGUCAUUUGCAUUGAUGCAGCAAGUCAUAACAAAGUAUGCCACAGUGAACAAGAAGGCUGUCGUCGAAUCCUCAAGCAGUACGCCUCCACGUAGUAAGAGUCCGGUAAUUCAGCCGGCGGUGGAAAAGGGUGCGGCAGCCUCGAGCAACAAAGCAACUGCUUCAGAUAGCACUAGUGUUGCCACGAAAAAACGUCGAUCGGAAUCAGAGUCCCCCGAACAAAUAGAUAUGGAUAUUAUCAAGGGUCCUGCUGCGGCUAAAGCUGCUACAAGCAAGGAUUCACUAGCGGCUGUCGUUAUCGACGACGACGACGAUGAGGAACCAUAUUCACCGGGCGGUGCUAGCGAUGAUAGUGAUAAUUUCGCUGACGUGACAGCCAUAGUUGAAACUAAGUCCAAAUCUGUCGUUGAUCCAGAGUCGGAGCGAAUUCGAAUAGAAAUGGAAGAAAUCAAUAGAAAGAUCGCAGAAGAAAAGAACAAAAUAGUCGGCAUUAUUAGUAAAGCUGAACUAAAAGAAGAUGAGAUCAAAUCUACUUUACCUCCAUCGUUGAUUACGGAUAUAGCGAUUCCUUCGAAUUUGUCGGAAAUAUUGGCAAGCAUCAAUAAGGCUGUUCCCUCAACUUCCGUCGAUAUAGCUGCAAAGGCACCGGCUGCUGAACAAGGAACAGAAAAGCCCCCAAUAACUCGGUUAGCUAACGAUGACGACGAGGACGAAUACAUCCCCUCAGCUCCGUCGUUAUACUCAAGUUACAAAUCAAAUUAUACCGGUUAUAGCAGUACAGCGUCAUCUACAGCGGGUGGUCAAAGCAAACCGCCAGCAUCCGACAGCAAACUGUCGAAGCUAACCGACGAAGAGCUGCUUAGGAUGGUGCCAGAUGUGAGCUACCUGCAGCCACCUGUUAUUCACAGCAAACCAGCGGCGAAUCCCGGUGACGACGCAUCGGGGCCACCAGACGCGAAAAAGCCCAAAUGGGAAUCCAGUGAGCCUCCGCCACCCGGCAUGGAGGAUGAAAUAGACCUUUAAUCGCCAUCAAACGUUUGAUAUAUGAUCUAAAUUGUACGUUAGAGCAGAAAAAAAACCGAAACCCUCUGGAGAUUGAUUUUAAAAAUUAACUCUUUAAAUCGCUUUAACAUUCAUGGGUGACAUGUGCAAAUAAAGUACGAAGUAGUUCACUUGUGUUAGCAGUAAUCGCUUUAAAUUAUUCAACUUUGUAGUGGUAAGAGAAUGAUUAAAUAGAGAAGAAACAUUAAUUCGAGUAAAAGUUAAUCAAACUUCAGCAACAUUGUUCUACCUACACUUAAAUAAUAUCCCUUUUCUUUUGUUAUAGUUGCGGUAGAAUUUCGAGCUGGCGUUCUAGACUCCAACUGUGGAUGAAGAACUCACCUACUUUAAUGCUUUAAGGUUAGAAAGAUUCUUUUUAGUGUCGAUUGCUAAACUUCUAAGCGGUAAGCACACUGAUCUGUUAAGAUUAUAUUGUAUAGAAACUACUCCAAUAUAUGUAGUAAGUAUUGUUUAAGGGCAUUUACCUAGAAUAAUUUAGCCUAAAUAUGGAUCCACAGAUGAAAUUCAAGUUUUGGACUUGCAAAUGAAAUUGUUGGUUUGGAAAUAAAUGUGUAAAUUAAAAAGAAAAGUUAACUCCUAUGUACAAAUUUUAUUCGAUACAGUAUCGAAUAAGGUCACUUAUCUUAAUCUGCUUAAAUGUAAUCCUCGUGUAAUGGAUAA